AUGUCUGCUUGCGCUUGUGAUGAUGUCCGUCUGUGGGGAGUUAGAACCGCUUUGGAGGUGAAAGGAGAGUGUUGGAUCUGCAAGGACUACGUGCCUCUCCUUAGCCCAAGGCAAAUUCAAUACUCGCUUCGUCAAGAUCGUCUGUACAACGCUUCCAAUGGAAGCCGUUCCAGUGUAUCUAAUGGAUCUGGUAAGUCUUCAUUUCAUUUGAACCACAUCAAGGUUGCACCAAAAGCCAAGUCCACAAACCAUGGAAACAUCAGACACCGUCAUCGACAACUUACAGUUUACCAGCUUAAAUACAAACGGGUGAAAGCUCAGCGUAACAUUAAAGUGCUUAUAGAGAAUAAGCUCCGCGAUGACAGAGCUUCCAUCCGUGAAGCCCUUUACCUUGUUUAUACUUACAACGGACCUUUCCUCCAAAAGGUUGGUGACAAAGGUAAAGCCGGCGCUUUUUUGCGUCGAGAGGGUUUGGGUGCGAUGUUUGUGAAGAUGGAAGAUCAAGAAGUCAAGUGGGAGUGGCUUCAGAAUCGAGUGAAUGAUGGUGAAGAUGAGAUUCACCUUGUAUAA